CCGUGCAGUGCGAGCGGAGGAGGUCUGUCCCUCAUCGGCCGCCGUCUGCCGGGUGCGCUCCGCUUCCGCGCUCGCCGCUUGCUCGUCCCGUCCGCCGCCCGGCCCGGCCCCGCCAUGAGCGACAAGGGCGAGCUGGACCUCACCGGCGCCAAGCAGAACACGGGCAUGUGGCUGGUGAAGGUCCCCAAAUACUUGUCACAACAGUGGAGUAAAGCUUCAGGAAGAGGUGAAGUGGGAAAACUAAGGAUUGUCAAAAAUCAAGGAAGAACAGAAGUGUCAUUUACUUUGAAUGAAGAGCUUGCAAGCAUCAAUGAUAUUGGAGGAAAACCUGCUUCAGUCAGUGCACCAAGGGAACAUCCAUUUCUUCUGCAAAGUGUGGGAGGACAGACCUUAACAGUGUUCACAGAAACUUCAGUAGAAAACCAAUCAGAAGAAAAAUCAGAAAGUGGCAGUGCUGAUAAACUUGCCUUGGAAGGAAUAGUGGUGCAACGUGCUGAAUGCAGACCUGCAGCUAGUGAAAAUUAUAUGAAGUUGAAAAGAUUACAGAUAGAAGAAUCUUCUAAACCUGUAAGGUUAUCACAGCAGCUGGACAAAGCUGUAACCACAAACUAUAAACCAGUGGCUAAUCAUCAGUAUAAUAUUGAAUAUGAGAAGAAGAAGAAAGAAGAUGGAAAACGAGCUCGAGCUGAUAAACAACAAGUGCUGGACAUGCUUUUUUCAGCCUUUGAGAAGCAUCAGUAUUAUAACAUUAAAGACCUGGUGGACAUAACCAAACAGCCAGUGAUAUACUUGAAAGAAAUUUUGAGAGAAAUAGGUAUCUACAAUGUGAAGGGGACCCACAAAAACACAUGGGAGCUGAAGCCAGAAUACAGACAUUAUCAAGGAGAAGAAAAGAGUGAUUAACAAAAACAUUUAUGUUGUAAGAGUGAUUGCACUGAGGGAACUGUGGUGUUUACAGACAGGACUGAGCACAGUGCAAUUCUGCAAUGAUAAAGAUAAAUUAAAGCAGCUGAUACUUUGUAAUUUUCUGUAGUUUUUUUCCCCAAGGAAUAUUUCUUAUAUGUUUCUAUAUAUGCUUCGUCUUUUGACAGGAAAAGUUUAUAGAAUAAACUUGUAUUAGGUUUAACUUUAUUAGAAAUCUUUUUAGUUUUCCUCUUAAUUUUUCUUGGUAGCUUUGUGGCUUUUCCAAGCCUUGAUAACUUUGAUGGAAAAUGUGUUUUAGAGGAACCCAUAACUUUGUGGGUUUGCAUUCCAAUGUAACCAGGUUAAUACCCUCAGUUCUGCUGGGAUCUGUCAAGGCUUUGUCUGGAAGCCUGCAAAUGUGCACAGCCCUUUGUGCAGUGUUUGUGUGGAAUGGACAUGAUGCUCUUCUUGGUAUCAGGCUUUAAGAAAAACAACCACAACCAUGGUGCUUGUCACAAUCCUUAGACCCCCUGGGAACAAACCAAUGCAGUUAAACACCUGUAAAGUCAGUGGGAAGAUGUCAGUCCCCUCCAUGUGAUUACUGAGAAAAAAAUGAAAUGUCUGUUAGCUACAGCAAGGAAUAGUUUUAUCUUUUGUUUGAUUUUUAUGCUGAUACCUAUGUUCUGUUUAAGCAUAUCAAUAAAAGUGUUAUUUUAAUUUGUGCCACACAAUGUUCUACAUUAUUGACUGAACACAUUGUGAUUUAGGUGGCAUAAGGCUGAAGUGUUUUUUCAAAGCAUGUUUUUAUUGCUGGCUUUGCCACUGAGUUCCACUGUGGUUUGGAAAAGAUUGCUAAAUGUGUCUGUGUCUCUGUUCCCCCAUUUUUGAAAUGUACACUGCAAGGGUUGUCUCUUUGACAUCCUUCUUAGGAGGGAGCAGGAAGGAGACUAUUUAUUUAUAUUCACAAAGCUUUUAUGUUAAAGAAAGAGCAAAGAACACAGAGUGGGAUAACCUCAUUAUUAUACCUGUAAAUGAAGCAGAAGGUGAGGUUUGAUAGCUCAGCUUUCACAUUCUCUCAUGUCCCUCAGGUGUGUGCAUCAUUUCUGCUCACCCUAAUGACACAGAAGGUAAGUGUGAGAAGCAAACAUUCCAUUAUUGGUUUACUUGGAAGCAGUGAAAGGAGAGUGUCAAAAGUCGGGGAGUGGUCAAAUGCUUUCAGAGGUUUGUAAAACAACUCUUACACAUAAGUCACACAAUUUUGCUCAAUUAAUUUUUUUCUAGUGUUGUUUGUGUUGGUAUCUCUACAGCUACACUUUGGGCUGGUGCUCAGUGUCCUGUGGCAUUAAGGGCCCAUUCCCAGGAGAGGGACUGCUGAGAGUUUUGAAGAGCAGAUCGCAUUCCAGGAAGGUGUGUUCUCUCAUAAAUACUGCCACUGACUCAUGUCUCCUCAGGCUCUGCAGCAGGACCCAGCUUGCAGAUGGUUGUAGGAGCCAUCUGAGGAUGCUGAGAGAAAUGCAGGAAGUCAGCCUUUGUGUCUUGCUGUGGAACAUGAUGUGCUCCUGGGCAGUAGCCAGGGCUGCUCACACUGCUGUCCUUAUAGUACUGCUUGAGUCCUCUGUGGACUCGUGUUCAGGGAUGUGCAGGAUGAGAGCUCUUGCCUUUUGUGAGCUGGACUCCUCUUUGGGAUCCAUGUCCUGUCUCAGCAGCUGAAGCUGAAGCAGCCAGCAAUUCUAGGUCAGCUUCUCCCUUGUGUUGCUCCUCACAUGGUCCUCUGAAACCUGCAGGGGGUGCCAUGCAGUCCUGAUUAGUAGUGUAAUUCCUCACCACAGGUAAAAAUGACUGUGGCAUUUCAGAGGGAAAUGGUUACCUUGAGUGGGAUCCCCAGCAGGAUUAGUUUAGCAGGAAAGUUUUGUAUCUGAUUGUAUUUCUGGUUUUAUGUGAGCUGCUUCACAGUUUGUCUUCAGUCGAGAGGGACAUAAUCAGUCAGCAUGAAAUGCCUGAACGUGUAAGUAAAGGAGGUAUUUUAUUGAUCUGCAGAGUGCCUUUGGACACGGUAAAUAAGCUCUGCUCAGGAGUAAUGGAAAAUGUGCAGAGCACUCUGUUUUUUAUGGGGUUUAUGGUCUUUGCAAAGGGCUGAUUUUUUUAUGGGUAUCAUUAAAAAUGUGAAGAGUGCUAGAAGUAAAUAGAAAAAAUAAGCAGUGGAGUUUUCAACCAGUGAGCAAACAGGUUGAGGAAUGCCAAGGUGUACUGGUUUGUUUGCAGCCUUCUGUGGAGUAGCACCAGUUACAAAUAAUGAGGAGCAGGACAGUGAGGAAACACCAUUUCAAAGAUGGAAUUAGGAAAUGCUAUUUCAGACAAAAUAAGAAAAGAUAACCAGUGGAGAGUCCAGAAGCCAGCCAGCUUGUGAACUAUUUUUUUACUUGCUUUCUGCAUGACUUUGAAGUUUUUCAAGCAUGUUAGGGUGUAACUGGAAUUUUAGCCUCAAAAGCUGCCACAAAAUCCAAGUGGCAUGAGAGAAGGGAACAAUGAGCCCACAGAGAUGCUGAUCAGGAGAGCUGAAAGAUGCUCUCCUCUCUGCUGGCACAGGACCUGUGCUGUGCAUUCAAGGGCUCUGCUGGCUCUUGCCUGGGGGGAGCACACGGUAAAGAUGAAGAUGGGAGUUUUUAGGUGCCCUUGGCAGGUCAUCAUCCAGCCUGCAGCUAAGCCAUGGGAUCUUGCAGUACAAACCAUCAUAGAGACAGAAGCAGCAAAGUAAACCUGCUGCAACAGGCCCCAUAUUCUACCUUCUACAGUAACCCAGGGCACUGCAGGACUAGUCUAAAUUCAUGCAAGGCUGAGAUAAAGACUGAGCAUUUGGGAGAGCCUUGUUUGGAUCCAUCACUUAAUAACCAGCAAAACCUCUCCAGCUCUGCUGCGCUUGUUCUGCACGAGGCCCUUAUGCAAGUGCUGUUGGCAGGAUUUCCAUCUGCCAAAGAAAGGAGGAGGCUCAGAGGCGUUCAGGCCUGAUUCCCUGGCCCCCACAUUCGGAUUAAUCUAAACUCUGGACUUGCAGCAGUGAUGAACAAUUCCCUGCUGGUCUUCCCAUGUGCUGCUGUGAGUGCUGGACACUGAACUCUGCUCAUGCAGAUGUUCUUGAAUAUUAGUGGUCAAAAUGCUGCUUGGCAGUGGGUCCCACAGGCAUGAGCAGAAGUUUCUGUGUGCCAAAUGCCAUUAAAUGAGAUUAAAAGCGUGUUCACUCUCCAGCACUGCUUGUCCCAGUUGACCAGUUUGAGUCACUGGAAAUUUCAUACACGGUAAGCUCAGGCAGUACCUGCAGGGACCUGAGCAGACAUGAGGUGAGAGCCACCCCUUUAGAGAUCCCCUGCUCACUCAACCUCCCUUCUCUUUCCCCCCACCCCAGGGAAAUGAGGAGAAUCAGAAUAAAACUUCUAUGUUGAGAAAGAACAGUUUAAUAACUGAAAAUCAGUAAAAUCUAAUAGUAAUGAUAAAACAUUAUAAAAAUGAAAUAAAAAGGGAAAAGCAAGUGAUGGAUGAUACAAGUGCUCACCACACUCUGACUGAUGGCAGACCCCCCUUCCUGAACCCAGGGCAGUGCCCCCGUAUGGGUAAGUACCCCCAUUUAUAUACUGGGCAUUCUGUGGUGUGGAAUAUCCGUGGUGAGCCCGGGUCACCUCUCCCAGCUGUGCUUCCUCCCCCUUUCUUCUGCAUCCCUUCUCACUGGCAGAGCAUGAGACAAUGGAAAAAUGUCCUUGACUUAGGGUAAACACGACUUAGCAGAAAAACAGAACAUCGGUGUCUUAUCAACACCACUCUGAUUCUGAAUCCAAAACACAGCACUGUAACAGCUACCGAGAAGAAAUUAACUCAGAAAUGAGCACGGCUGAAAAUCAGGACACAGGGACGGGGAUGGCAUAUGCUGCUGGAUGUGGCUGGUGGGCUGGGGCAGCUGCAGCCGGUGGGAAGGGCAGAGUUGAUUCCCAAAACACCUUUUUGUGGGCAGCGUGAGGAAGCACCUGCAGGCAGUUCUGUGGCUGCAGCAAACCACAGCUGCAGGGGCAGCAAAACCAUCCCUCCCUGCUGCCCAGCUCGGGUGCAGACACAGCUGUAGGUAGAGCAGCUAAACUUAAACCGGACUAUGCCACUUGCAACAGUGGGGUUUUGUUUCGUUAGCCGAGGAGGGUGGGAGUACCCAGCUUUACAUGGCCAUUUUUUGACUACUCUGUUACAAAGAAUUUGGGAAACUAGUCUUUAAAAAACUUUCUCGACAUCCAUGUUCAUGGACAUUUCAUAUUAAAAAAUAAACAACGAGUCUGCUUUGUGCCAGCAACCUGCACUUUGCUGAGGACAGGAAGAAAGAGGUUUGCUCUCCAAAAUGUCAGCAGUGCUUCCUUUGCUGCUGCUGCUGGCUACAGACGGGGAGGUGAAUUCCAGCUUUUAUUUCCCAGGAUAAAGUGUGGGCUGCAGAGAAACAACGAUUCAACAUUUUAUCAGUGUGUCCAGCUGCUGCCACAUUAGGAACAUUAGCAUCACACUACCAAAAUGGUCUUUAAAACCCUUCAAGGGUGUUUGGAUCCUUUCUGCCUGAGGUGGAAGGUGAUGAAUGCAGCUCUAGUGGAUUAAAAUGCCCAGCAGCCAUGUGGAUCCUCAACAUCCCACGCACUCCUACAUAACACACUAGCAGGGUUGCCAGCAUUUGCUGGCACCCAAAAAAAGCUCCCUCAAGCCACCAGCCCUUGCCACAGGCACUUGGCUGUGAUCUCUGCACGAGCUUCCAGCUGCAGCUUUGACCAAAGGCAGCCAAGACACAGGGACGGCAAACCAGCAAGAUUGUGCUCUUGGGAAUGGAUUUGGUACUUUUUAGGGCAAAAACUUCCAGGCCUGGCUAGGGUUUUUUUUCUCCCUACCAAGACGUUUAUCCCUGAGCUAAUGAACAAGGUGAACUGCUCUCCCACUGCUGGCUACAGACACAGAGAUUUCCUGGUCCACAGCAAAACAUCCCAGCUUACAAUGGCAGCAAAACCCAGGGAACUGGCUACAGAGCUAAAGCAUAGAUUGAGGUUCACCGGGGCAGAGGGAGGCAUCCUAUCUGCUCCAAGCAAGCAGCAGAAGUAUCUUGAUGUAGAUACUAUUGCUCUUUAAUGAAAGCAUCCUCCCUGAACGGCUGUCACUGAAAACACUGCCAAGAUUGCAGUGGGCUGACCUGUGCCAACUCAAUGGCCAGAGGCUUGCUUAGGGAAGAAAGCAAAUUGCAGCUUUUCCAUUUUAUUUCCAAAUUAAAAAAAAAAAAAAAAAAAAAAUUAUUUGAUAACAACUGUGUCCUAAGCUUAUUGUAAUUGCCUCCUGGCUGCAACCUAAAUGAUUUAUAAAAUAAAUUCACAAAAAAAGCCCCCAACACCAAUCAAACCCAACUGUGUUUCCUACAUACUUUAAUUCAGAAUCUUCCCUUUGCAGGUUCUCCCUCCUCAUGCCAAAGCCGAGGGCUGCACAAGGCUCCCAGACCAUCACCCAUUUGGGCUCUGGCAUCUACCCCCAGCCCAUGCUCAGAGGGCAAAGCUAAGGGCUGGGCACCCCAGAGGGGCAGUGGGGGCACCACUGCCUCUGCCACCCUCUCCCUGCACUGCAUGAACAGCCCCAGCCUGCACCCUUUCUUCUCAAGGCAGAUGGCCAAGCAGCAAAACACUGCUGUAGCAGAUUUGGACAUUAAUAUCAGUCACUGACACAUGAAGUGUUUGGCGUUUUUUGUUUGUUUCCAAAGGGCAAAAAUAGAGUGGAUUUGUAGGUGGGGUAGUAAAACUGUAAGAUAAAAAGCAGACAUUGAUGGGGAAUUGUGGGGUGGGAGGGCAAAAAGGGAACCAUGGGACAUGUGCCCAGCACAGCAGCUGCUUCCUUCAGCUCCAAGGCAUCACUCCUUUAACUAGAGAAGCAUGAAACCAAAAAGGCAAGUUGUUCUCUUCAUAAGCAAAUCAGCCUUCCAUCAGCAUCCAGCUUGUAGUGGGUGCAGGAGCAGCCUGCUGCCCCCAGAGCCAGCAUAGGGAAGGUUUCUAUCCAGCUGCUUAACCUGCUCUGUGAGGCUCAGGGAAAAUGCAGUUUGGAUCCUUCCCAAAUCCACUGAAAGCAUCUUUCCAGGAAUGAGAGAUGCCAGCCUGAUAAGCACAUUCUGAAACAAGGCGGGGCUAAGUGUUAAAGCUGUUCUUCAGUUCUGGCUGCUUCAGCUUAAGCAGCAUCAGGGUAAUUUGUUACUAUGGGGGAUUUUCUCAAUUUAAUAACUGCAAAGCUGUUGUCUGAAGUAUGAAGACUUUCCAAAUCACUCUAGCUUUUCAGGCCCAGGAAAGAAGCAGCUCCUUUAGAUGAAGAUGGGCCAGAAGAAGGGUAAUUAUGCUGUGAGUAUAUAUGCAGACUUCCUUCCCAACACAGAGCUGCAUCAUGGGCUGUGGACAAGUGCAUUUACCAGCACAAGCCUCCCCCUUCACAGCACGUAGCGACUCCCACCUCUCCCUCACCCUGACUCCACAGCAGGCAGCUACCCCAGCAGUGCAGCUGUGACAAACUCUUGUCGCUGCCGCAGUCCUUCCCUGCCACACCCUCCCUGACAGAUUUGAUGCUGCAAAGCAGCAAAACUUAUCCUCUUCCCUGAGAAACUGGAGGCAGGAAUGCAUUUUUGGGAAAUGCAGUGAGUGCAGCAAGAACACUUCUCUUGCAGCUCACUGAAGAAACAACCAAAAUCCUGCACCUCCAGAGCCUUUGAACUGACACUUCACUUCCAGCGGGCUGGAAGGAGCCUUCCCACCAGAGGCUGUGCUAUGCAGUUUAAAAGCACACCUGCUAGGAGCCCAGAACCCCCUAGUUAAGAAUGUUUGCACACAGCAAUUAAAUACCCCAGAGAGCCUGGAGUACAGACAGGAUGACACAAUUUGCCAUUCAGCCAAGCAGCAAGGCUGUGCUCAUCAUGCAACAAAGCACCUGCUUUUCAAAGCAGCACAGCACCUGUACACAGGUGCCACGUGGCAAUUUGCUCCAGGCUGGUGCCCAGGGCUCCCAGCUUCAGGCAGGGGGAGGAGUCAUUUCCACUCUCACAUAUCAACUGUACAGAGUUUUAAACUUUGACUCACAGGAAGCAGGAGCCAGGGCUAUGAGGGGCAGCACAGCCAUAGCAGCACUGCCCUGCCCACACUAACUUUACUCAAACAAGAAGUCUCAACUAAGUCUUUUUCCUCUCCCUCUCCUUUAAUGCUCCCAUUUUUAAUGAAGAUGCAACGGGAAAGAUAACAUCCUCACCUGGCCCCAUUAAUCACAUCCUCUGCAAGAAAAGCAAGAGUUGCCUUAGUGGCUUUAUCUAGCCUCCCUGACUUUUCAGCCCCACUGGGGUGAAGCAGUUACACCAAAAUUGUACCUCAUCCAGAAUCCUAGCUGACCAAAAAUCCUUUCUUGAAGGAGCUUAAAAAAAAAUUGAACCCCCUACCAUAUAUAUAUGAAAUUCCCACAGAACUAAAACAGGGUGUAUUUAAAAAGACAGAACCUGAGAGAACUAGGGCACACUCCACUCCCUCCUCCAGUCUCUCACUCCUCCCAGCCUGCUGCCACAUCUAUCUCACCCCUGCAGAACCCAGCCUCCACCCUCCAGCAUCAGGGGCCAAAAAUUGACACAAGACAACCAAGACAUGAAAACUCAGAAGGAGAAACAGCAAAUGGGCCAUGCCCUCCCCUUUCAGGCACCUUAGACUCCUAUGCCUCUGUCAUCACAGAAAGUUAAUGAUUAGCAGUCCAAGGCAACAUCCCUGGUGAGGAAUAGGGUCAGCAGCAACAGACACCCCCUGCUCCACGUGGGGCUCUGAAAGAAUUUGUGUUCCUUUAUUCAAUCCGAACUGCCACAGGGUCAGACAGGCAGAAAGCGCAAGGAACCUGUUACUGUUGCAUCUCAAGAGAGAACCCAAGAAGCAACAGUGUUUGCUCCAGGUCUGUCAAACAGAUGCAUUCCCUAACAUGGCACACAGCAGGAACUAAGCUACAUUCAGAUAAGUCUCAAAUAGAGGCAGUCACCUGCUUUGGAGAAGUCUGGGGCAGGGCUAGGCCGUCCCAACAUCUGUCUCCAAGAGGCCAAGUACAGAAAAACCCCAAAUCCUGCAACUUGACUGAAUUCUAGUUCCUAUGCCCCCCAGCAGCUGUCAAACAGAGUACCACAGCCAGGCUGUAUUGGAAACCAUUUCACUUUCUCUCCCCAGUAUUUCCAUUCAGCCUCCAGCCUCGAUCUUGGAGACAGACUACAGCGCAAGAGAUGCUCAAGUAUUUUUGUCUUACAAAGCAGCUCAGCCAGCACUCAGAUUGAGUAGCACAUAUUCCAUACUGGGAUGUUUUUAUUAUUCAUUUCUUAUCUCUUCCAGAGAUAAGCCUCCACACAAUCACAAAAGAGGAAGGUGGUCCACUCAUUAUGACAUUUCUUGGACUUUGCCUUAUUGACCUAACCUCCUUUUGCACUCCAGUGCUGCAGGCAAACUGUGAAAUCUGUCUGGAAACAGUCCAGUUGUAGUGAGCUAGCACCAGCUGUGCUACUGACAGAACCCAAUCCAUGCUGCGAUCUCUCCUUCAAGUCACCUUGAGAGACACCAGACUAAAAGACAUCACCUAGAAUGGGUUUAAAUGAGUUUUAUUUUAGACAACCUACAUGAUAGAUGUUUUGUUUUUGAAAACAAUGCCUCCACUCCAAAUCAGGGUCAAAAAUAAG